AAACCAAGCCUUACCCUAUGGAAAUGCCAUCUGGGUGAGAGAAUUACCUGCAAGUAGAGCUGAAAACCCCCACUUUGAGCUCAGCCACCAGCAAUUUUCUCGUUGGGACACAAAAGUUCAGCGAUCAGCUUCGGGACUGUCACAAAUUCUUCCACGCGUCAAGAAAACCCACAAAGCAUGGAGCAGAAAGGAAACAUCCGAAGGAAAAACUGGGGAUUUGAUGUCUCAUUCAUUUGGAGAGGGAUAUGCGACGAGGUCAGAUGAAGAAGGAUUUGGAGGGAUUUACGGAGGGAACCAGAGUAAAUCCGAAAUACAAACGGACAAGGAGAUCAACGAAAAUCAUCCAGCUUAUGACAAGAGCCAGGGGAGUGAAGUGAAGGAGAAGGAGAAAGCCAGGCACCAAACUCACGCAUCGAAUUAAUUGGGGAACAUAGAGAAUUUGAUGUUUAAUAACAUCUAUUUGCCAAUUAUUUUCUCUUUCGACUGCUA